AGUUCCGCAAGUGCAGGUCAAGGAAUGUGUUCAUGUUUGAUGCAUUUAUUGAUCAUGGUUAAGGAGAGUUGUGCAGUGUUUUACCUUAACGCGCUGGUGCUCUUGCUGAUGGGCACCGGAGUGUCGGGACUCUCGGGCCGCGGUGCUGGAGGUCAACACGCCGAGCACCUAGUGCAUCACGGCAACAUUUUAAGCCCGUUACUGAAAGCCUUAUCGGAGCACGAGCCGUGGGGAAUUCAUUUCCCGAGAACUAGACCCGAUUCCAGAUACGUACGAUUCAUGAAAAGGCUUUACAAACUGUCUACAAAGCAAGAGAGGACUCACGAGGCGUCUCACCUUUACAACACCGUGCGCCUGAUCACAGCACGGCAGGAGUGUCUGGACCAGUGUGGAGAAUUUUUCAUGCAGGACAUUUCCUACAGUCUGAACCGUGUACGAGCCCAGGAACAGCUACUCAAAUCGGUUCUGCUUUACUCCUUGGAUCACAACCACGCAGCCUCACUCACCUCUCAUUGCUACCUGUACAUGAAAGAACAGACACCUUCCGAUGAGCACAUGUGCCUCAGCUCUCCCGGCUCACAGCACUCCGUGUCACCCAUCACUUUCCACUUCCAAGUCAACGGAGCCAGUCACCAAAAGUGGGUGGAGGUGGACGUGACCCCCUUCCUCCACCCUCUCAUCCAGGGCCACAAAAAGGACAUCCACCUCCUCAUCAACCUCACCUGCCUGGAUGAUGAACCAGGAAGCCACACUUCCAGAAGUCUUGUGGAGCUCACGAACAUGGCGCCAUCUCUUUUGCUCUAUCUGAACGACACCAGUGAGGUGGCCUAUCAAAGAGGUUCCACAAACACCAGGCUGGGAGAAAUCCAUUCCAAUCAUUGGGGUGAGAAUAUACAGAGUCAGCAGUACGGAUCUGGUAUUCAGAGGCUGAAGUGGAGAGAUCGAAGGAACGUUCCAAACACAUCUCAAUCCUUAAAGUCGAGCACCGAAAGUGGACCACUUCCCAAAUUCGAGCACCCAACAGACGUCUGCGACCUCUAUGACUUCCGCGUGAGCUUCUCGCAGCUCAAACUAGAUCACUGGAUCAUAGCGCCCUCCAAGUACAAUCCCAGGUACUGCAAAGGCAAUUGCCCUCGUGUUGUGGGCCAUAUCUACGGCUCGCCGGUGCACACAAUGGUACAGAACAUUAUAUAUGAGAAGCUGGACUCGUCCGUGCCCAGACCUUCUUGUGUUCCAUCUGAAUACGACCCUCUGAGCGUUUUGACCAUUGAAAACGAUGGCUCUAUUGCAUAUAAGGAAUACGAAGAAAUGAUUGCUACAAAGUGUACCUGCCGUUAAUGGCAUUCUGCAUUAUUUUUCCACAUUUGCCGUAUUCGAUCAGGGUGAAUUGCUGAUGACCUACAGCCUUGCACGUAGUGCCCAUUUUAUCCACCUGGAUAGUUUAAGAUGCCAUUGAAUGAAUUCUGCUUAUUCUGUUAUAGUUGUGUGAUAUUUUCUCAUUUCUAUCCGAAAUUUUUUUUGUAUGUAUAAAAGAAUGUAACAGCAUAUGAUUGGAUUUUUUUCUUUGGUUAUUUUUUUUUUGUUAAUAGUUGCAUUUUUUGGGAGGUGUGUCUCAGUUCUUUAUGUAUAAUGCAAAUGGCAAAAGUUUUAAAAUUGAUCUAAUUCUGGACAAAUUAUGAAAAGUGUGGUCCUGUUUUCUUAUUGAAACACUUAUUGAAAAACAUAUGUUUUUAAUACCUGGGGAUUGCAGACAGUUGUCUUAUGGGCAACCUCUCUCUUCGUGAUGUCUGGAAAAUAGGAAGUAAUUUGCCCUAAAACCUGAGUGAAUUAAAUGCUCUGGGGCAUUUAAUCACUUUGUGCUUCAUGGUUUAAAGCUGAGUAUGUCAUGUAUGUAUUUAUGUAAUUUAUGCCUGUGUACAUUGGUCUGACUGGCUCUGAUU